AUGAAAGAUAUACCAGAAUCGUUCAACAUGUCUGUGCAAGAGUCAACGUCCGAAGAGGGACCUAUGCCUAUACAGUUCGUCUCUGGUCGGGCAAAGGAUCGAACAACCCAAAGCUUGAUACGAUCGCAUGCGAUGUAUGCUUUUCGAAAUAAGCAGCGUCAGCAGAAAGCUAAAAGAAAAGUUGGCGCGAGGAAAAUUGUGCCAAUUGAACGCAUCUGCGACUUUGCAAAGUCUGAUCUUAGUCUAGCAAGCUCAUCGCACGUAAAACCAUUCGCUUGUAACACACUUGAUCCAAUUCCUGAAACUUGCACCGAGAACCACCAGUACGGAUACAGGAAUAACACUUCACUUGAAGUCACCCAGGUGGGACUGCCAUCAUUAUUCGCGUUUGUGCCCGCUCAGCCCGACUCUUUGAGCUCCGCACCCCAUCCGCCACCUGAUGUAACUUUCAAAUACUCCCGAGAGGUGGGUACAAUUAAACAACUUGCUUUGAGAUUUUGUUCGCCAGGGCCCGAGAAAUUACUUGAUUUCCCAAAAGCUGCCGGACAAGCCUUAUCGACGAGCAUCAUUUAUAUGAUGUAUGCCUAUUCAUGCUCGGUCCGAGGAAUGGUAAAUGAUGAGCUGGCUACGGGAUUGAGAGAUGCAGCUAUUGCACAAGUUGGUCAGAAACUAGCUCAAGAAGGGACAUUGUGGUCCAAUGCUACAAUAGCCUCAAUAGCCUAUUUUUCAACAGGUAGUUGGGCAAUUGAACGCAAUGCACAGGAAGUCGAGGCACAGAUGACGGGCGUAGAGUUGUUGGUUAAGAGACAAGGAUUAGAGAGCUUUGGAGUUUAUCCAUUUGGGCAAACAAUCCGAAAGUACCUAGUGAUGCGUCACAUCAUUGCAAAGGCUAUCAGGGCCGAAGAGCUUCCUCUGAGCUUCAGCAAUUCUUUGGUUCGUUUGAAAGAGAAUGAACCUCAAUGUCGGCGAUUUAUAUCCCCGUUAUAUUGUCCAUCUGGCUCAUUUGAGUCUGUCAGACAGUUCAGAGGAUUCGACGACUCCCUAGUCCAGGUUCUAUACAUCGCCAAGGAUUUGGUCGACCUUAUUAUUGGGGGAUCUGAGCAAACGGUCGAUAAUGCCAAUUACCAAAGCCGCUUAUCUGCAGCCUUGCACUCUUUACCAUCGGGUACUGUCAAAAUGGAUGCUUCUAACCUGACAUCCCAGUACUGGGUUUUCGAAUGCUGUAGACUUGCUACUCUCAUAAUAUUUCAAGCCAUGGAAACUUGCACCCCUCUUCCUUCAAGCGACGAGUACCUCACAUCGGCAAUGAUUUGCGCCAUAGAAAGAACGGAUCUUGACGAAACUUGGGGGGACGUGCUAGGCAUAUUGUAUUGGGUAUCUAUCAUUGCUUGUGCGUCGAAUCAAGGUCGAUCAGACCAUGGAAUUCUGGAUUCGAGAUUAGGCAGGACGAUUUAUAAGAUAGCCUCUUCCGUCCAAAAUUUCGAAUACGCAACGGGGCCUGCCCAGAAAUUUGCGCAGGUGCAAAUGGCUUUGGCAAGGAGAUAUGAAUUGGCUGCCGCUGGAAAGAUGUAA